CAUAGGAAAGGGGCCAUAACGAGAGCCCCAGCUGCUGCCCCUGCUGCGAGAUCUUGGGCUCAGCUUGGCACUGCACUGAUGAGGGUGGGCUUGAAUAAGCUUAAGCUUUUGGUCCACACUCAUCCUUCCUCGUUAUCUCAGACCAUUUCAUUGCUUCAUUGUGGUCGAAAUCCAGUUUAGGCGAGAGUUUGAGGUGGAGAAGUAAUUGGGUUCCGUGGUUUUGGAGAGGUUGAUGCAUUUUUGGGAAGUUUGGGUGGAGGAGGAGUUUUGAUGAUGUGGGUGCAGGGGAAGAAUGGCACUAGCGUAAUUUCUGUAUGAGCGAUGAGUGGAUUCGCCUCCAUUUAUGUAAGGAGGAGCUCAGGAUUUUUUGUUGUUUCUCAUUUGUGUUUCGGGUAAGAGUUGGUGGUUCAGUGUGAGUUUGAUUUCGAAGGAGUUGAGAACAUGGCCACUUGUAUGAGCAAUGUUUUAGCGUUGCGCACUGGGAGCUAUCAGGCUCUUAAGGAAAGGGUUGAAGUUGAGGAGAAGGGAUUCGUUUCUACGGGUGUAGUUCGUAGGCGCAGCAUUAGGUCAUUGAAAGGUGGGUCGAGGAUUGGACCAAGCUCUUUUGAAGCGUGUGUAUUGAGGAGCAGUGGAGCCCUUGUAGCUCUGUCCCCUCAGAAGAAGACGGUGGGCUCGGAUGCGCUGACGUUUCUUGUGUGCCGUGCCGGUGCGGAUGGAGGCCCUUCGGAGUUGGAGCCUUCAUCAGAAUCGUCAAAACCUAAAGAGAGUUUCAAGCUGUUGCUCAGGCUGAUUCCAAGACUUUUGCCAGCUACAGCGAUUGGAGUUGCAUGUUGGUUUGUAAGGGGUCCAAAUAUUGCUCUCGCUGGUGUUGAGGCACCAAACUUCGUGGUUGGAGGAGAGGCUGCUCAAGGAGGGGCUUUAUCUAGGGAGAUUGCUAAAGCUGGAGGAGGAGUAGCAGCAAGUGCCUGGACCGGGCUGGUGGCAGGUGGUCUGCACACAUUAACAGGGCCGGACCAUUUAGCAGCUCUUGCACCUCUGUGCAUUGGUCGAUCAAGACUUCAGAGUUUUUCUGUGGGUGCUCUAUGGGGCUGUGGUCACGAUGCAGGUCAAGUCAUUUUCGGUAUCAUCUUCCUCCUGCUGAAAGAUAGGUUGCACCUUGGCGUUAUUCAAACAUGGGCUGCCCGUGUAGUGGGUCUUACACUGAUUACCAUAGGAGGAAUGGGAAUUAAAGAAGCACAAGAGAUUGAUGCAGCUGCUCCAGUCUUAGCUGAAGGGGAAAUGCCAGCUGAGCCCGUGAAGAAAUCCGUUGGUCCGGCGACUUUCAUAACUGGCAUUGUCUACGGAUUACAACCUGAUGCACUCUUGAUGAUUUUGCCGGCACUGUCUCUCCCAUCACGAGCAGCAGGGGCUGCAUUUUUGGGCAUGUUCUUGCUGGGUACAGUUUUGGCCAUGGGCAGUUACACUGCUUUUGUGAGCACUCUGAGCAAGGCAUUGCAAGAGCGAGUACCAAAAAUAACCUAUCGGCUUACAAUAGGAUCUUCUUUGGUUGCCAUAUCACUCGGUAUUGCAGUCUUGUUCGGAGAGGUAUUCGGUUUCAGUCUGUUUUAGUCCACUUAUUGUUAUGUUACACACAUCUCUGGACCAGCUUCGAACAAUUAUGAGCUGGCCGGCGUGAUGCCUGCUUACAAGUAGGCCCCACUAAUUCACGCAUGCAUUUGUGGUCCUAACCUUCAAUUUUCCUCAUGUGAAACUGUUGCCGCAAGGUUCAGGCUUAUACCAUCGCUACACCUUAAAGAGCUUAGCACCCGUCCAUAUGUCAGACAGUUCCAGUUUCUCUCUUGUAUUUGAGUUCAUAAUGCAUUAUCAGGAAGACCUUGAUCUUUCAUUUUGCAGCUA